AUGUGUCUGCCUUGCUUUCCGUGGACGUGGACCGAGUACGAGGAUCCGUUGGACUCGAUGCCGGAGCAGCAUGUGUGGGUGCAUGACGGGCAGGCGUGGUCUCUUCAGCGAUAUUCGCCCAAGGCCCCCCGACGCCUACUACCACGGUCUGCAGGCUCCGAGCCUCUUCGCCAGGUGCGCUUCCAGACGCCCGCCAGCAACGCAGCAGCCCUCAAGGCCGCAGCUGCUGCUUCUUCGUCGCCCGCUUCUCCCUUCAUCUCCUCCACCACCAACUCAACCACCAAUCCUCCCACCACCACUGCCGCAGCUCCAGCCUCGGCCUCGACUGGCGAAACCUCGUCCAGCAACCAGCCCGACAGCUUCCCGCAGCUCGGUGCGCCGCCUUACAGCACUCUGGGCGCUGGCCAGUGGCACACAGCUGCUGAUCCCACGCAGAGCGUCAAGUUGCCUGGCCAGCCGUUUGCCGGCUUUGCAGCACCUGGCGCUGGUCCUGGCCCUGGCGCGUCACCCUUCCAGCUGCACCCCCAGCUGUUUGCCGGCCCGUUCUCUCCUCUGCAACAACAACAUCACCACCAAAUCUCUGUGCAGCUCCAGCCUCACGCCUCCCUCCCUACCACCGCGCCCAUCACCUACAUCGGAAGCCCCAUCGCCAUGGCAGACUACCAGAACGCAGCGCCCAUGCAUACGGGUGUCAACUUCCAGCCGCCGGUGCCUGACACGACGUUUGGCCCGAUCCCGCACGUCUACGUGCCUCGCUUUGACGGGGGUUACAUGCCUGCUGCUGUUCAAGUCGGUCUCCCCUCGGUACAGUUUGUUUCCCGCCCAGUCACUGCCGCGCCCAUGUCCACUGCCACGUACACCGUCGUGACGCCAAAGACAUAUUACUACAACGGCUACACCUACUAUGCAAUCGCUCAGCCCAGCUACGUUGUUGCCCAGCAGCCUGCCGUCGUCCCGCAGCCCUUCGUCGGCCAGCAGCCUGUCAUGAUUGGCGGACAACCAGCUUCUGCUGCAAUCCCUGUCCAGCAAGUGCACGCUGUUCCUCCGAUGGGAAUGCCCGGCGCCGGCGGCAUGCCCGUCUAUGCAGGUAAUGGCCAAAUCCCCGAUGUUUUUGGUCUCGGGAAGACUCCAGCAGAGGAGACGGUGCGACAGCUCCAGUUUGCACAUGCGAACAAGUUGUUCGAGCCCCAAGAGUUCAAGCCGUCGGAUGACGAUCCAUCUCGUUUCUACUAUGUUCGCGAAGUUGACGGUAAUUGGACCCAGCGCAACCGGUUUACUAUUGACCACCUCGGUGACUGCCGAUGGUACGUCACCGACGAGGGCUGGUUUUACGCCGUCAGGAUGCCCAACUAG